AUGGAAAAGAGCAUCAAGCAAUCUACAGCAGUAGAAGGAAGCUCUAAAAAGCACAAAAGAGAUGAGGAUGAGGUUAUUGAUGAGGUUUCCGCUCCUGCAGAUGAGUUUCAAGCGCUCAAUUUAUCGCAACCCACGAUGAAGGCAAUUGAAAAGAUGGGUUUCACUAAGAUGACACAGGUUCAGGCAAGAACUAUCCCACCAUUAUUAGCAGGUCGUGACGUGCUGGGUGCCGCAAAGACUGGUUCUGGAAAGACGCUGGCAUUCUUGAUUCCUGCAAUCGAGAUGCUCCACUCUUUGAAGUUCAAGCCUAGAAAUGGUACCGGUGUGAUAGUCAUUACACCAACCAGAGAGCUGGCGCUUCAGAUAUUUGGUGUUGCACGUGAGCUCAUGGAAUUUCACUCACAGACUUUCGGUAUUGUUAUUGGUGGAGCAAACCGUAGACAAGAAGCCGAAAAACUUGCCAAGGGUGUUAAUCUACUAAUUGCCACGCCAGGCCGUUUACUAGAUCACUUGCAGAACACCCAAGGUUUUGUCUUCAAGAAUUUGAAGGCGUUGAUCAUAGAUGAAGCUGAUCGUAUUCUAGAAAUUGGUUUCGAAGAUGAAAUGAGGCAGAUCGUGAAGAUUUUGCCUAAUGAGGAUAGGCAGACAAUGCUAUUCUCUGCUACUCAAACCACCAAAGUAGAGGACUUGGCACGUAUUUCUUUAAGGCCCGGUCCACUUUUUAUUAACGUCGAUUCUGAGAAAGAAACCUCGACGGCAGAUGGGUUGGAACAAGGUUACGUGGUAUGCGAUAGUGAUAAGCGUUUUCUGCUAUUGUUCUCAUUUUUGAAGCGUAACCAAAAGAAGAAGGUGAUUGUAUUUUUGUCAUCUUGUAAUUCUGUCAAAUAUUACGCUGAACUUCUUAACUAUAUUGACCUUCCUGUGCUCGAACUCCAUGGUAAGCAGAAGCAACAAAAGCGAACAAACACGUUUUUCGAAUUCUGUAAUGCUGAAAGAGGUAUUUUAGUAUGUACAGAUGUUGCAGCCAGAGGAUUGGAUAUUCCUGCAGUUGAUUGGAUUAUUCAAUUUGAUCCACCUGAUGAUCCUAGAGAUUACAUUCAUAGAGUUGGUAGAACUGCUAGAGGUACCAAGGGAAAAGGUAAAUCACUCAUGUUUUUAACACCAAAUGAACUGGGUUUCUUGAGGUAUUUGAAGGCCGCGAAAGUUCCCUUGAACGAGUACGAAUUUCCAGCAAACAAAAUCGCUAAUGUUCAGUCUCAGCUCGAAAAAUUAAUCAAAUCGAAUUACUAUCUUAACCAGAUAGCAAAGGAUGGUUAUAGAUCUUAUUUGCAGGCAUACGCUUCGCAUUCUUUGAAAACCGUUUAUCAAAUUGAUAAACUUGAUUUAGCAAAAGUUGCAAAAUCUUAUGGAUUCCCCAUUCCACCAAAGGUAAAUAUCACUAUUGGUGCGUCUGGAAAAACGCCAAAUAAUAAUAAGAAGAGAAAAACAAGUAAGAACUGA